AUGUCCCUCCCGACCUCCUUGUCGGAGGCCAUUGAGGGUUUUCUCUAUGGAUUUGAUAUCGCCAAACCGCUUAUACCAACAUACACCCACUUACUGAUCUCGGCUCUAUUUUGCAUAUAUGUCGGUGCCCAUGCUUCACUUUCAAGGCCUUCGUCCACGGCCAUACCACCGAAAAAGAAAUGCAAACGCUGUACGGAACACAGUGAAGAUGAAGAUGAUACAGAUGACGAAGGGGGCAUACUGCAAAAGAUGGAAGGAUUUGACCCUUCGGAUGCGAUUAUGCUUCCUAUAAUGUCCGGGUUGACUCUUGGGGGCUUAUACCUCCUGCUCAAGCAUUUCGACCCAGCAGUUUUGAACAAGGUGCUCAAUUGGUACUUCGCACAUGCUGGUUUUAUAUUCACGACUGCGUUUAUAAAAGACGGCUUCUCUGUGAUAAGAUCAUUUGUGUUCCCUGAGCUCUAUACUUCCCGUGGCUCCGCGUGGAAGGCAAACCAGGAGAAGCGAAUAUUUAUAGAGAUUAUUAGAGAUAAGGGGUCGAUGGCGGCCCCUCGAACACGGGUCUCGCCUUUGCCUGGGUUUCUCGGGAUUCUUUAUCUUCCGGGCUGUCUUCGUUCAUCGCUCUGGCACAUCCGCGGUCUCGUUUACCAAAAAGCCACCCUCCGUGCCCAUAUCCGUUCGGUCUUCAGCGCCAGGACUCGGUUUACCAUACUUGAUGUCUUGAGUGUUGUCGUCGCUCUGUGCGUAGUUGGAUACUCCGCCUUUGUCGCGCGGCCAUGGUGGCUGAUCAAUUUCCUGGGAUUCGGCUUUUCAUACGGCGCCCUCCAGUUCUUGUCGCCUACUACCUUUGCUACCGGAAGCUUGAUACUCGGCUCUUUAUUCUUUUACGACAUCUAUUUCGUAUUUUAUACUCCCAUGAUGGUCACAGUCGCGCAAAAGCUGGAUUUACCGAUAAAGCUCCUAUUUCCACGACCGCCCACCAAGGAGGAUCCUAGCGCCAUUGCCCUGGCGAUGCUUGGUUUGGGAGAUAUUGUGGUUCCAGGCACAAUGAUUGGACUAGCAUUGAGGUUCGAUCUUUACCUACAUUAUCUACGGAAGCACUCUACCUUGACCGGAACCGGAGCCGAUGCUGAUUCCCGACCUAAAUACGUCACCGCGACGGGCGGAUGGGGCGAGCGCUUCUGGUCAAGCAUAAAGUCGGCCCUAAGGCUUCCAGAUAAGGAGUCGUCAUAUUUUGAGGCAAAGGCAUUCCGCAAAACAUAUUUUAAAGCAGGGAUGGCUGGCUAUAUGCUUGGAAUGUUGGCUACGCUGGUAGCAAUGCAGUUAUCUAAUCAUCCACAACCUGCAUUGCUGUAUCUUGUUCCUGGUGUGUUGAGCUCAAUUUGGCUUACAGCGCUUGUGAAGGGAGAUAUUCCGGUUAUGUGGAAUUUUUCGGAUGGUUUGGAUGACGAGGAGGGUAAAGAUAGCAAGAAGGACAAAAAGGACAAUGGACAGGAUCGCCCCAAGGCCUCUUUCGCAGGUCUAUUUAAGCAACUCAUAUUUGGCGAACCUAAAUCAGAAACGGACAAAGCCAAGGUCAAAGAUGGCCAAGGGGAAGGGGAAGCAACCAAUAAAUGUGCAAAGACCGCAGAGGAGGAUAACACUUCCCCGUCUAUCGACCUUGUUUCUUUCUCUAUUUCUGUACCCCGAAAGAAGACACGCCAAAGUCAUUCAGCUAAUCUCGAUCCCAAAACCUUUACGCAAUCCGUGUCUCCGAGGUUUGAAUCAAGUGGUAUCUCAAGUUCCUCCGCCCUUGUGGAGGACGUCGGUGAAGCUCCACCCAAAAAGCGGAGAACUCAAUAA